AUAUGAAAAUUACAUUGAUUUUCGUUGUUUUUCUGGGGGUAUGUCACGCUGAUGACAUAGCCCAGGCUGCGGGCCAGAUCUUCAACAACAUCCUUCCCAACUUGAUUAGCAAUCAUGUGACUGGUCAGCAAGGGAACACAGCUCAAAACACUUUCCAGCAAAUAGGCACAGUUGUCGGUGGCGUCGUUGACUAUGCGAAGAAGAAGAGCUACGAAGAUUUGUUGCGCCAAGCACAAGAUUCGACGACCGACGAUGACCUCCUCAGAGUUAGCGAGGAAAUGUUUAAUGCAGAUAUAAAUAAUGCCUUCAACUACAUUCAAGUGAAUUUACAAGGCAAGACCACUCCUAUGUCUAGGAAUGAUGAAGCACAAUCGAAUUUAUUAAACGUUCCUGAGAAUGUAUGGAGCGGACCAACAAUAAGACCUUUUGUUGCACUAUUCGACAACUAUCACAAGAAUGUGAUCAGACCAGAGUUUGUUACGCCGAAUGAAGAAACGGAACAAACCACUUACAUCAACACUAUUCUUGCUACGGGACCCAUCAGGAGCCUCAUUACUUUCUUAGUCAACAAAGGCAUUACUCAGCUGAAUGAGUAUCCCGAACAAGUUGAGCUGCUGAGAAAGAUUUGGUUCACGAAGUACGCACGCCACUGGACCGGCCUUUGCAAAUGCAGUUGCGCCUUCGAGAACGUGUUUAUGGCUGAACUCAAAUCUAAUGAGGUUCUAGGUCUUCACAGCUGGUUGUUCUUCGCUAAACGUGAAUUAGAUCACAAAGCCAACUACUUGGGUUACAUCGACAAGCUGGAUCUUAGUGGCAAAGGACUGAUCCUCAAGCAGCACUCGGUGUUGAGCGAAACGAAAGACGCGCCCGAAGUGAACAUGUUUGUUGGCACCUCCCCCGAACUGGAGACCGCUCUGUACACGCUCUGUUUCAUGACCCGCCCGGACAGACCUUGCAGACUGCGCUUCAACAACAUACCCUUCACUAUCCAAACAAAAUCGAUCAAAGUCGAAAACUUACCGGUCAUUGACACCGCUUACCCAACUUGGUAAAAAAAUAAUAUUUAAAAAGACAAACAAGUCUUCUCUUAAAGGAAGAACUAUAGUUUUAUUAUUAUAUUUUCUACAACAUACAUUUGUGUAUCUAACAAAUAGUCAAUUUUAUUAAUGCAACAUAUAUUUCGAAACCUCGAGAUUAUCAUAACGAUGUUCUAAAUAUGUAAAUAAAUCGAACAAUUUAUACAUAUUUUUUAAAUAAUAAAACACCCAAUCGAAAUCUCUAAAAA